GGGAACGCGGCGGGAGCUGCGGCGGGCGCGGGGCUAAUAAAAACAAAAAAUAAAGACAGGAAAAAAUGGAAAAAGCGCGUUGCUGGCGGUAAUGGCGGGGGUGGAUCUGCCGUCCUCGGAGCUCAUGCAUUUCCCGGUCUCGGUACAGCCACUUAGAGAAGAUGACAGAUUUGGUGGCUGUUUGGGAAGUAGCUUUAAGUGAUGGUGUUCAUAAGAUUGAAUUUGAACAUGGAACCACUUCAGGAAAGCGUGUUGUCUAUGUUGAUGGAAAGGAAGAAAUAAGAAGAGAAUGGAUGUUUAAAUUAGUGGGUAAAGAAACAUUCACUGUUGGAGCUACUAAAACUAAAGCUGCUAUUAACAUUGAUGCAGUCAGUGGCUUUGCAUAUGAAUAUACUUUGGAGAUCAAUGGAAAGAGUCUCAAGCAGUAUAUAGAGAACAGGUUAAAAACAACCAAUACUUGGAUAUUGAACUUGGGAGGUACAGACUAUAGAAUUGUUCUAGAAAAGGACACUAUGGAUGUGUGGUGCAACGGUCAAAAAAUGGAAACAGCGGGUGAAUUUGUGGAAGAUGGGACUGAAACUCACUUCACUGUUGCUGACCACAGCUGUUGCAUUAAGGCUGUCAGUAGUGGGAAACGAAAGGAAGGAAUUAUUCAUACCCUUAUUGUGGACAACAGAGAAAUCCCAGAGGCUGUGGAAUAGCCUCUGGUUAACUGAUUAUGGUAGGACUAAGAUCAGGAAUUUUCAAUUACUGUGGUAAUUAUUUUAAUAUGUACUACUUGGUACAUCUAGUUUGUGCUGGGUUUAUUUUCUAGUUUCUGUACACAAAAUUACUCUUUCUGAGGACCAGAUGAAAAUAAUUAUGUACAACCUCUUACAUUACCAGUUUUUUAAAAAAACUAUAUAUAUCUAGAAUAUAUAGCAUAUCACUACGUGUGGAGAACACUGGUGAAACAGAAAUUAUACAUCAGGAAAAAUCAUGGUAUAAUAAAAUGAAAGAUAAAUAUUCAGUAACACUGAAUCAAUCCUUAACUGCAGGUGUAUGUGGAAGGAAGAGAAAGCCUGUACUGGGCACAGGCGUAAGAUGUUAAAAGCUUUCUCUAGAAUUAUUUUUUCUAUUAAACUGACUACAGACCUUUUCACAUACAGUUAAGGAAAACUACAUAGUUAAUAAAAAGUUAAUAAUGAAAUACAUAGUUACCAAUACUUGUGUUACAGUAUUAAAUUAAUACUGAGUUAUGAAAACUGUUCUCUAUUCCCACUAGGAGCAAGAUGUUACAUUGUGCCAAAAAUAACAUUCCUUUCUGUGUUGUGAAAACUGAUGCUGUAGUUCAGAAACUCAUUACUGAGUUUUUUCAAAAAAGAAAAUAGAAGAACAAAAAAAAAUUCCUGCCAUGAAACCCCUUUAAAAAUAUCUCUUGGAACAUGCUGACAUAAGAACUUACCUUUGUUCAGUGCUAACAAAUCUUAAAUCUAAAACUGUGUGUUUUUAUGGCAGUAAUGUGUGAGUCAAGAAAUAUAAGGAACAAGGAGACAAAUGGAAAACAGUUGAUUACUUUAAUGGAAUAGUUAAAAUAGGAAUAGACUAAUUCUGCUUUCAGAAUUGCAGCAUAAUUUCUAAGAGCAAUCUUUGGACUUCUUGAGAGCAAAACUCUUGUGUUAGAGACUCACACUACAAAACUACUUUUGAAACAGCAAGCAAGCAUAGCUAAUCUUAAAAAUAAUUUUUAAAAGAACCAAAAUAUUAAUACAUUAGUCUAAAAGUUUAUUUUGCAAUGGCUAAAAAAUAUUUCCAGUUGCAACCUCAGAAUAGAGAAUUAAACUUUUAUAACUUAAUUUCUUUUGGACUUGUGAAUGGUUCCUAGCACUACAACUGCUAGCUCAGGAGUUGCAGGUGCAGUACAAGCAUCCUGGGAAUCCAUUAACAAAUUAUUUUGAAAAGUUUUAUUAAAUGCUAAUUUCAUCUGUGUUUUAGAGAUCAGAUUGCUCCCCAUCAGCAGGCUUUACUAGAGGAAGUUUCCAGGUACCCAAGUGCUGGACUGAAUUACAGUCAGGAAUUACUGUAACAGCUCUUGGGCUUUUCCGUGUAUUUGCUUCAGGUCACUGCAGAAGCAAUGUGGGGAUUCCUGGCUACAAGGCUGACAAUGUAAUCUUUAAAAGAUGUUGGUAAAGAUAGAUUAAUUGAAAAAUAAUUUCAAGCUGUAGCUUGAACCAGUUCUCUACUAUUUUGUAACCUUUCAAAGAGAUUGAAUGCUGCUGAGAAACCUGAAGCUCAUGUACAGUACAAAUCACGUUCUUAAGACUACAGAAAAAUACAGGUUAACAGAUAGUGACAUUCAUACUUUUUAUUUUGAAUAUGUGCAUCUACAAUGCUUGAAGUAACUAAUAAAAAAUGUACAGCAACCACUGUAAGAAA